AUGGCAUCCUCACCCACUACAUCCACAAUUUCGAUAGCAUCCAUCCCUCCUCUACCACCAACAAGUUCUGUUGGAAUUUCUCUUCCUCAUAUUUCAAUCCAUCUAUCCUCACAUAUCUUUACCGGUUCAACCACUCGUACUACAUCAUUAGUAUCAACUCCACCGGAAGUCAUUGUAAUCGAAUCUGUUUUGGAGGAGAUACAAACUUCAGGCAUCCCUAUUAACCCCUUCAAUCUUAACAUCGGUAGUGAUGAAGACGAAGCUCCCAUGACAAAGGGAUGGUUCAAGUUGCUAACAGAAAUGCUUAACUCACUCUUAGAUCACUCUCGAGUCCUAUUUUCUUCUAAGUGGGAAAAUAUUGUGACUAAUCAUCAAGCAACUGUGGAGAUUCGCACAUUUACAAAUACCAAAGUCAUUGAAGAAUCCACUUGGGCUGCCCAAGUCUCAGACAAGAAAAUAACCGAAGUUGUGGAAAAGGUUCUACUCUUACAAAACGAAGUCAAAGAAUUCAUGGCCGAUUUUAGGACCUCUUUGGAUAAGUGCACAACAGAUAUGAAUUAG